GCCGCGGGACUUCCGCUCGCCUUGCGGUCCAACGACCUUGGUGCGGGGCACUUGCCGCGCCGGGCACUUCCCGCACGAAAUCUGCUUAGGACGCCUGGACGCCCCCACAAGCCGGAAAUGGAGUCCAUAACCUUUGAGGAUGUGGCUGUGAAUUUCACCCAGGAGGAGUGGGCUCUGCUAGAUCCUUCCCAGAAGAAUCUCUAUAGAAAUGUGAUGUGGGAAACUGUGAGGAACCUGACCUUUGUAGGAAUACAGUGGAAAGGCCAGCACAUUGAAGAUCAGUACAAAAAUCCCGAGGGAAGCACAAGGAGCAAUGUGCAAGAGAAGUUUUGUGGAAAACAACAAUGUGGUCAGUGUAAAGAAACCAUCCAGAUUCCAGAUGUCAGUAUGAGCAAGGAAACUGGAGAGAUACCCUGUGAAUGCAGUGUGUGUGGUAAAAUUUAUGUGGGGUAUGACUCCCUUCACAGUCAUAUGAGUGUUCACACUGGACACAGACCAUCUGAGUAUCAGGAAGAUGGAGCAGAGACACAUCAGACUAAGCAGUAUGGAAAUACUUUGAGCCAUUGCCAGUCCCUUCAAAUUACUGAAAUGACCCAAAAUAGAGAGAAACACUACAAAUGUCAGGAAUGUGGAACACUAUUUAUUUCACUAGCAAUCUUUCAAAGACAUAUGAGGAAGCACACUGGACAUGGUUGUUAUGAAUGUAAGAUAUGUGGUAAAGCCCUCACAUCUCCAAGAUUACUUCAAGCACAUGAAAAAAUGCACACUCAAGAGAAAACCUAUCAACAUAAAGAAUGUGGUAAAGAUUUAAGUACUUCCAAGUCUUUCCGAAUCCAUGAAGGAGUUCAUAUCAGAGACAAACCAUAUAAAUGUAAGGAAUGCGGGAAAGCCUUCAAAUGUCCAAAUUCUUUCCAAAGGCAUCUAAGGAUUCAUAUCAGAGAAAGAUCUUAUGAGUGCAAAAAAUGUGGUAAGAACUUUGGUCAUUUCAGUGCUCUUCGAAUCCAUUUAAGAACUCAUACCAAAGAGGACAUAAACUGUGAAUGUAAGAAAUGUGGGAAAACCUUCCUUUCUCUUUCAACUUUCCAACGACACAUGAUAACUCACAGUGAAAAUGAACCUUAUAAGUGUAGGGAAUGUGGAAAAGCAUUCAUUAAUAAACUUUCAUUUCAAAUACAUGAAAAAAUGCACAGUGCAGAGAAGCAUUAUGAAUGUAAACAAUGUGGUAAAAAUUUAAGUAGUCUUGAUUCCCUUCAAAGGCAUGAAAGAAUUCACACUGGAGAGAAACCCUAUGAAUGUAAGGAGUGUGGGAAAGCCUUCAGUUGUCCCAGUUCCUUUCAGAGGCAUGAAAGAACUCACACUGGAGAGAAACCCUUUGAGUGCCAGAAGUGUGGUAAAGCCUUCACUCGCUCCACUUACCUUCAAAUGCACGUGAGGAUUCACAGUGGAGAGAAACCCUAUGAGUGUAAACAAUGUGGUAAAGCAUUUACUAGUUCCAGUUCCAUUCGUGUACAUAAAAGAACUCAUACUGGGGAGAAACCAUAUAGAUGUAAGGAGUGUGGGAAAGCCUUUAGUUGCCCCAGUUCUUUUCAAAGACAUAAAAUUAUUCACACCGGAGAAAAACCUUAUGAGUGCACAAAGUGUGGUCAAGCCUUUAAUCGUUUUAGUUCCUUUCAAAGGCACCAAAGAACUCACACUGGAGAGAAACCUUAUGAAUGUGAAGAAUGUGGAAAAGUCUUUACUAGUUCUAGUUCCAUUCAAAUACAUAAGCGAACUCACACUGGAGAGAAACCCUAUGUAUGUCCAGAUUGUGGAAAAGCCUUCAGUUGUUCCAGUACCUUUCAGAAACACAAACGUACUCACAGUGGGGAAAAACCCUAUAAAUGUAUGAAGUGUGGUAAAACCUUCAGUCGCUCCAGAAACUAUCAAAUACAUGAGAAAUCUCAUAAAGAAGGAAAGCUGCACUAAUACCAGUUUCAGGAAAAACUUUCUCUUGUAAUGGUCACUUUCAAAAGCGUGGAAGCAACCUUAUAUAAGACAUGCAGGAAACCUUUCAUUGCUCACCUUUCUGCGAUUUUUUUUUUCUGGUGCCGAAGACUGAACCCAGGACUUUGCACUUGUGAGUGCUCAUCUGCUGAGCAAAAUUCCCAACCCCUCACUGCACCCUUUAGAAUGCAUAGUGGGGAGUCAGGCAUGGUGGUAUAUGCACUUAAUCCCAGCAUUGGGGGCUGAGGUAGGAUUGCUGUGACUUGAAGGUCAUCCUGAUUUAUAGAGUUGAGUUUGAGGUCAGCCUGGGCUAGAGCAAUACUGCCUCAAACAAAACAACAAAAUGCACAGUGGGGACAAUCCAUGUAAGCAUUGAGUGUAACAAUACCUACAACUUUGCAGUGUGAAGCCAUAUAAGGUCACUGAAAAGAAAAGCCUUCAGCAGCUCCAUACCUUUAUAACAAUAUAACCAGAAUCUACCCCAAAGAAUGGUGUACAGUUUUGUAGUAGAGUGCUUAUCUAGUAAGGAUAACCCUUGGUUCAAUCCUGUUGCCUAAAACAUUUUGUGAUAAAUGAUUGCACAUUAGAUUGAAGUUGAAAAUAGAAGAACAUUUUAAUUUUUUUGAAAACUAAAUUUUAGUGGUAACUGAGCUGGAUUUAAUGGCCCCUGCCUGUAGACUUGGUGUGUAGGAGGUGGGGGCCCAAGAAUUGCCAUGAGUUUGAGAAAUAGUCUACUCUACAGAGAAUAGAAGAAGAAGAAGAAAUACCGAGAGUGAGAGAGGCAGCCAAGUUUUUGUGUAGGGAGCCAGUUUUCAAGUCUAAUUACUUUUAUAGUAUUAUGAAAACUUCUCAUGUAGAGAAGAUUUAUAAAUUGAAGUUAUAUGAAAAAACCUGAUACAAAUAAACACUUAAAUAAUUCUCUAUGAAACUAACAACUUGAAGGAAUUGUAAAAGGUAUAAACUAUAAUUUAUUUUGAGGCAGGGUGUCCUUCUAGCCCUGGCUGAUUUGGAACUCAGUAGCCCUUCACUAGUUUGAUCUCACGGUGAUCCUCCUACCUUAGCCUCCUGAGUGUUGGGACUAAACGUUUGUACCACUGGGCCCAGCCCUAAUAUUCUUUAUUAAUGACUCAUUACUUUUGAUCCUUGAGCUAUGAAUUUUCUGCUCAUUUCCACAGAAAUGUGAGAUUAUCAUAUAAGUAGUUGGUAAGCAAUAGGCUAAUUAUGAAUCAGUUCAGUAUUGUGCUUAUUUUAACUCACUUGGAAUCUUAUCCAUUUUGAAGAUGUGGGAUCUAUGGUUAAAUUGAAAUACAUUUCUUAGAUCAUGAGACUUGAGAAUUGGAAUGCUGGAUGAAUUUGUCAUAAAACCUGCACUGGUGGUUAGGAAGAUGGCUCAGUGGAUAAAGUGUAUGCUAUCCAAGUGUGAGGGCCUGAGUUGAGAUCCCUAGCACCCAUGUAGAUGCUGCAUGGAGAUGGUGGUCUGCUUUUAAUCCCAGCACUUGGAAGGCAGGAAAGGUUAUCCCUGGGGCAAGCUAGCUAGCUAGACUAGCUGAAUUGGUGAGCUCUUGAGUUCACCUGAGAGACCUUGCCUCAGUAGAUAAAAUGGAAAGUUACUGAGAAAAUCACUGAAUGUCAACCUCUGGCAUGCGCAUGCACCCAUACACACAUGGACAUGUAAACACGAAUGCACAUAACCUGCCCUGGCAAUUGCUUGUAGAUUUUCACUGCUAGACUUGCCCACUUUUAAAAUUCAUAAACCAUAGGUUUUCUUUCCCCCGUUGUUAUUCUUUAGAUACAGACCAAAACCCUAAGCAUGCUUGCCCUGACACUAUGGCCUUUCUCAUUGUUCUCUCAGUCUGUUUCCUUUGCUUUAUUCACAAGAAAAGUCUGAUUUCAGUAUGAAAAGAUAACCAAUAUACAUCCAAUUCCAAUUGGAUGAUCCAGAAAACCCUCACUGAUUACUUUAAGAAAUAUUUGUGGAGGAAGCACCACAAUCUCAAAGAGCUGUGGUCAUUGUCCUUGUCUGUAUGGAGAGCUUAAAAUAGGAGCUGCAGGGCUGGAGAGAUGGCUUAGCGGUUAAGCGCUUGCCUGUGAAGCCUAAGGACCCCGGUUCGAGGCUCGGUUCCCCAGGUCCCACGUUAGCCAGAUGCACAA